CUCUAAUGACCGUUUGAUUUGAAGGUUGCAAAUUUAGAGAGAGAAACAAGAAAGAGAGAGAGAGGUGGGAAAGAAAGCAACUAAACUUACUUUUUGCUUCAGUUGAAAGCUUUCCAGUUUCCUUCUCUGUCUUCAAUCCUCAUCUCAUCCUUGGUGUCAUCAUUGCCAAAUUGCAAUAUUAUCAGUCAUUGUCACCAUAAAUCCCAACCCUCCUAUCUUCUUCUUCUCCUUUUCACAUUUCUCAUCCCACAUUGAAUUCUUCGAUCCUUCUUCUUCAUCUUCUUCAUGACUCUUCAAUCUCCCAUUCAACAUUAACUUUUCUGGGUUUCUUCUUGUAAGUUCCAUUUUCAUGUUAGAAACUCCAAAUUGGGAUGGAACUUGAACAAGUCCUUUAGAUAAAGGUUUAAGCUUUCUUUGCUUUUUUGUCAAAUCCAAGCAGGAAGCUUUCAUUUUGCUCUCAAGCAUUGAGCAAGUUCUUCUUCAUCAAUCUUCAAGCUCCCAUUCAACAUUCAACUUUUCUGGGUUUCUUCUUAUAACUUCAGUUUGAUGCUAAAAAUUUGAACUUGGUAUACUACUACAACAAGUCCUUGAGCUAAAGGUUUAAGCUUUCUGUGUUCUCUGUCCUGUCCAAGCAAAAAGCUUCCAUUUUUUUCUCAAGCAUUGAGCAGGAUCUUCAAGUUAAUUGUCUCAGGCAACCUCUCAUAGUUCAGUCAUCAUGGCAAGGAUGACACCACCAAAGAGCCCUAUGGUAUGUGAGAAGUACCAGACAGGUUGUAUGUGGCGUUUAUAUGGCCUCUUCGACUUUCGCCAAAGUCAUUCUGAUAAGAAGCUGCUUUCAGAUAAGAGGCAUUCGAACAGAUUUGAUUAUAGAAUUUCUAAGACCAAGUUGGAUUUGCUUAACAAUUUGGAUGAGAAGAGCCAAAGCAUGGAUGAUAAAAUGACGAACAGAACUCAAACAGUUGAUUCUGGUAUGGCAAGUAAAAGAAAGCAUAAGGGGGAAAAGUUAUCCACUGAGCUGCAGAUGAAUAAGAAAAUUGAUUCUGAUGAAUUGAAACAUAUGCAAUCCAAUUCAAAACUUGCUUGUCAGUUACCUAAGAAGAAAGGAAAGGCUAGCAAAUCUAGUCAGAUAUCUCAUCCUCUUUCACCUCAGGGUCUGAAAUAUGAAGCUAAGAAUGGGAAACCUUCUUAUUCAGUUUCAGUAGAAACAUCUUCAAACAAGCUCAACUCCGCAGCAUUGGCAAAAGAGGUGCGUGGCAAAAAGAGAAGAGGAUUUGGUUGUAAAAGUAUUAAUUAUGAGAUUACUCUUCCACAAGUACAGAAGAAUGCAGCUGAGGCCAUCAGAAAUCAGAAAUUCAUUGAUGAAAAGUACAUCAGGAUAGAUGGGGUGAACCACCAGUCUAGACAAUUAUCAGAUGCAUUAGAGAUUUUGAAUUCUAAUAAAGAAUUAUUCAUAAAGCUCCUACAAGACCCAAAUUCUCUGUUAGCAAAACAUAUUGAAGACCUCAGAGAAUCUCAGGCAGUAAAACAUCAGAUUAAAUCUCCCUCUGACGUCAAUGUUUCAGAACCAAGGCGAUAUGAUGGUCCUGCUGGUAAUCAGAAGUCGAAAUCCUGUGAUACCUACUCUUCUGAGGAAAGUGAUGAUUCCCAUUUUUCAGACAGAAUAGUAGUUUUGAAACCCGGCCCAACUAGCAUGCAAAGUGCUGAAGACAAUAUUAAGUGUUCCUCUCUGCAAUCUUAUUACAGCUUGAGAAAUAACGGGCAGAGUGAAAUGCCUGCGAAUAUUUCAUUUAGUCAGAUAAAGAAGAAGUUGAGACAUGCUAUAGGGGUAAGCAGAAAAGAGCAACACUCUAAGUCAAUGGAUGGUACAUUACAUGGAUCUCCCUGUGAAGGCUCGAAAGAGGAUUGUAAAGGAAAAGGUGUGGAGAUCAUUAGAAGAAAUUCACCUGGUGGAGGAAUGAUAAUGUCUUCUCUUGAUGUAAAGAAAAGAGACAACAUGAGCGAGGGGAGAGAAUGUGAAUCACAAAUUCAGUGUGAAACUGCAUCAACCAGUGGAAGUGGUCUUGGGAACUUAAACAUUUCGGUUGUUUGCCAUCCUAGGCUAAAGGAAUCUGAAAGUUCUUUGGAGGCUAGAUUGUUGGAAUUGUUAAACAGUGGAAACAAGGACAGAAACCACAAAAAGCAGGAACUGAAAACCCUGGAAAGGGUGAUAUCAUUUCCUGAGCACGACUUCUUGCCUACACGCAGUCCUGUAGGACUUUCACCCAACAGCAACUGCCAACUGUUAUAUGAGAACAAAUGGAGGCUUCAGAAAGAAAAAACCAGCUGCUCAAGUCCUACAGAGAAUAAUCGCACCAUGCGCCAAGGAGAAAUCAAUUCUUUAAAACAGCCCUCUGAAUCAGAAAGCGCUUGCAGAAAUGGUACUGUGGAAACUAAAGAUACUGUCCACCCAGGAGAAAAUAGUUCUUUGGGAGCUCUAAGAAGAUCCAAUUGCAUGGAGAAGACCAGUACCACAGAAACUAGUGAUACUGUAUACCAAGGAGAAACUGAUCCUGCAGAGACACUGUCUGAACUAAAUUGCAAAGACAAGGCUCUUGAUUGGAGUACAGAUAAAGCCGACUUGUACGAGGAAGAUGAAUAUAUUAGGACCUCCAGACAGGAGCAGCCAUCAACAUCCUCACCUGAUGUUUUCCAGUCACCUCCAAGAAUUCAGAGAGGGGAAGAUUCUGCUAGCAUCGAAGAUAAAGGAGAGCACCCAAGUCCGGUAUCUGUACUUGAGCAGUUUUUUGUAGAUACCAUAUCUGAACCUGCUGAAGAGCACCAUUCUGCUCGUCUUGUGAGGUCCCCUACGGACACUGACAGUAGCAGUACCUCUUCUUUGAAUGAACAUGAAUUGAUCUCCGAGUAUAUUCAGGCAGUGCUCCGAGCUGCAAGCUUAGAUUGGGAUGAAAUCUCAAUGAUGUGCGACUCAACAGACCAACUGCUUGACCCGUUCUUGUUUGACACAGUAAAGCUGCAGGCAAACCUACUCAAAGGUGAUUGCAUGCUCCUCUUUGACUGUAUAGAUGAAGUCCUUGUCGAAGUAUACCACAGUGACCUUCGAUAUUCCCCUUGGCCGUCAUUUAUCAAGCCAAAUGUUCGACGACUUCCGAUUGAGAAAACUGUGAUUCAUAAGGUGAUGAAGUAUGUUGACGGGUACCUCUCACUUCAUCCGUCACCCCGGACAUUGCAGCAGGUUGUUCAGAUGGAUAUAGCACGAUCUGGAACAUGGAUAGAUAUCCGGAAGGAUGCUGAGGAUGUCGUUUUUCAGAUGGUAGAAGAUGUUUUAGAAGAAUUGAUAAUAGAAACCAUAAUUUAGCAGCUGCCCUUCAGACGAAUAGUAUAUUGCUAUAUAGACGCACAUUUGUCUGCGCUGGACUAAGGAAAUUAGUUGAGCAUCAGUAGGUUAGAAAAACUGGGUGUUAAGUUAUACUUGAAAUGCCUUCGGAUUCCUUGAACACAUCAUGCAAACACAGUUUUACAAGUUGACCACAACAUGGGGAGAUGACGAUAUGGGAGGAUUUCUGAGGUUUCUUGUUGCAGUACACCAUUGAACACAUCUUUAUGGCCAGAUGUACAUAUGAUCGGUCUGCACCUCUGCGGUAUACCCUUGAAUCCAAUAGAAGGCUCAAGUUUCCUGUAUAUUGUGUAUAGUUCAUAUAUAGGUACUAAUUUUUGCUUUAAAGAAAGAUCUUGCUGGGGUGCCUAGGCUCUUCUAUGUGUUUGGAUAGUUUGCACUUUGCAGUCCUCUGCUGUGCACUUGUUUC